GUCGUGAGAAAAGAUUUUGCGCCUGUUCUCCGAAUUCUUUUUACUUAUCCCGCCUACCUCCUUCCGUCCUGCCGCCGUCAAUUAAUACCCCGCCGGUCCUCAUCACCAACACGUCAAAAUCAGGCCAUUCUGGGAUUGGCAUUACUAUUAUUAUCAUUUUAAUUUUUUUGUUGGCGAUACCAUUAGAAUUUGUGAAGGUCGACCGCACAAACGCACUAAUUUGGUGCAGAAGCAGGAACCGCGGCAACUAGUCCGUAACUGCUCGUCAAGCAAACCAUUUUAUCACUCAAAAAGGUUCUCCGGUAGGACACAGGAAAGGAUGAGCGGCUACGGAGCCACGGGGAUAACGCCCCGCGCCGGAGGCAUUGGUGACUCGGAGCAGCAACCACUCCUGGGCAACGGCAACGGCAACGGCACCAGCAGCCAGAAGUCGGCCAGCAUCCGCGAGAAGCUAAACGCCGACGUCCGUCGCGGCUGGUCCGAUAUUGUCUUGCUCUUCUGUUAUGUCAUCACUGGUCUGUUAGACAGUUCGUCCAUCUCCGUGUGGGGGUCGUUCGUCUCGAUGCAAACCGGAAACACGGUGUACAUCGGCCUUGGUCUCGCCGCACCUACCGAGUCGACGCGCUGGAUCAAGUCCGGCACGUCGCUAAUCUUUUUCUGCCUCGGCUCUUUCUUCUUCAGCCGCUUCCACCGUUACUUUGGCCAAAAGAAGCGCUGGGUGCUGGUAGCGUCUUUCACCAUCCAGAUGCUCCUUUGCACCGCCGCGGCCGUGAUCCUGACCUUUGGGCCCAAGACGGACGAGCAUGCUAUCAACUGGUCCGUCCUGGUGCCCAUCGCGCUCAUCGCCUUCCAGGCCUGCGGCCAGUGCAUCACCAGCCGCGCCCUCAAGUUCAACGCCCUCACCUCCGUCGUCCUCACCAGCAUCUACUGUGAUCUUUUCAGCGACCAGAACCUGUUCGCCCUGAGCAACGUCGAGCGCAACCAGCGCACCGCCGCCCCACUGCUCCUGUUGUUUGGUGCUUGUUGUGGAGGCCUGCUCGCGCACACCUCGUUCGGCAUCGCUGCCGCGUUAUGGACUGCCGCCUUUCUUAAGGGCUGCAUUGUCAUCUCAUGGUUCUUGUGGCCUGCCGAGGAGGCUUAAGCUGUUUGCUGGGUUGAACUGCUCAAGGUUGAAGAAACGAAUUUGUUGGUCCAGCUUGUGCGGGCUACCAUUUUGUCAAUUGCCUUUGCUCAACUUGCACACAUUUUCUUUCGCAAUGUUUCGCUAGGAGAUCAUCGCCACCGACCCCAUCCUCAAUCUUCUUCAAAUGUUUGUUAUCGGUUUUUAUCAGCGUCACAAUCAAUUCAAUGGAUAGAUAUGACACUGCAAGGUGCAUACAUUGCCAUGGCGUUG